GGAAAUGAACAUCAAGGAUCCAAACACCGGAAUGCAGGCACCCUUCGCUCAUUAUCGCCGCGGGUUCCUUCAGGAAAACCCCAGCUACUCAUGUUAUUCCUGCUUCUUAUUUCAACCCCUCUUGCAGCGACUGAGAAAACAAACUUUGAACAAUGCGGUGCACGCGUUAAAGAAUUAGCGAAAAACAAUUCCCUACCCCUGGAGGAUAUAUACACCGGUCCCGUGAAAGGGUUGCUGGGCCGGAUGCCGAACACCGAAAACCCGAUACUCCACAUAACCCUUGAUGCCUGCGAGAAGCACUGUGGCAGCACACCACAAUUCUACACCUGGGUAGAAUCCUCCGAUACAAUCACGACCUGGGUGCUCCCUCUAGUCAGUCUGGUUCUCCAGGCGCCCUUCGAGAGCAAUAACCUUCGACAAACGAUAUUACUUGUGUUCCGGUGGGUAGGCUCACCCAUCGCUUCCAUGAUGUACAUUUUCUGGAACAUGAAGGUUACUAGGAAGUGCGCUAUUAUGGUUGACAUGAGCGUGAAAGUGACCGAGCGGCAGGAGCAAGCCAGCCGCUUUGCUGCAUUGAGGGACUCUUUAUACCUCCUCAGCGUGAUCAAUCAAUACGAGCUCAAUAUCUGCCCGGAGCUACCAGAGCACCACAUGGAGGAUAUCCUUCGAGUAGCCCUGUUCGGUGGGGGGCCUGCGGUCCAGCAGGCAAGGGGCAGAGUCGCGGCAAGCAUCCGGCGGGAACGCCGUCGGGGAGUUGUCCAAAACCUAGUAUCGCUUGCCUGGUUUCUGGCGGCAAUGGCCAUCUCAAUAUACAAAGCCUUCGGAGACCUUGGGGAGAACUCAACUGCUCACAACCUUGCACUGGGUCUGCUAGUGAGCUGGCUCCCUGUUCUCGUCUCCGCGACAAUCGUUGACAGAAACCCAAUGGACUCCCACUACGUCCGCACGAAGUUGAACAGCUUUCUGCGAAAAACUGUGAAGAUACCGCGUAUCCCAAACGCAUUUCCGGUAGUGAGAGAGCCAAACUUCUUGGGAGAGUUUGCCGGCCAAGCGCGAGUCCGCUGGCAUUCCGGUGCGGCUCACCCAAUCCUCCGAAUAAUGGAGGCUACACUCGAUAUGAGGCGUGAUUGGUUAGCGAGAUACCCGAACACCGACGAAGUAUUAGCCACCGCAACCCACCCUCGCAUCUUGAUAUGCGACAAGAGCCAAGGAUGGCAGAUCGCAGCCGCCAUCGUAAUUGUCUUCUCCUGCAGCAUUGGCGCCUUCAUCGUCAGCUAUUUCACAUCCACUAUCGGUCUGGGCUGCCGCUCCGGAGGGUACAUGAUCUUCGGUCUCAAUGCAUUCUUCUGCCUGUUCGCCGAAAUGACCGCAUGGGUAUUCUUAAACCCGGGAACGCAACGGAGGGUAGCACAGUGGUUCCUACGCUUCUGCGAAUUCACAAACUCUUGCUGGCUUGUGUACAUUAUCAUUGCGCAGACUUUCGGUAUCUACAAUAGCUGCUAUUGCAAGUCGAGCACGUGGGGCGGCGGAGAAGGGUACGUUGACUUUGAGGAUGUGCAAUACUACAAGUCACACAACAUCGAGAUCAGUUGGUUACUUGGUGCACUCAUCACA